AUGAUAGAUGAAAGAAACAAAAAUAAUGAAGAAGAAGUGAUUGACAUUGACGAUGAUUUAGUCAUCACCAACAACCGUCACCGAGAGAUUGCUUUGUCUCAAAUAUAUAAGGACAAAGAAACAUUGAAGACUGUUUUGAGCCAUUAUGCGAUAAAUAAUAAUUUCCAGUAUUGUGUACAAAAGUCAUGCAAAAAGGAAUAUCUAGUUGCUUGCCUUGAUAAAAAUUGCAAGUGGAUGUUACGAGCAUCAAGGAAUGGAAACACAAAUCAGUUCAUAAUUAGAAAGUUCAGCCACAUUCACACUUGUGCUUUGGAGAUAAGAUUAAAAGACCAACGCCAAGCAACCUCAACAAUCAUUGCAGAUAUGAUCAAACACAAGUUCACAAACAUCAAAACAAAGUACAUAGCUGCUGAUAUAGUUAGGGACUUGAAACAUGAUCAUGAAGUGCAAGUCAAAUACAGCAAAGCUUGGAGAUCUAGAGAAAAAACUAUUGAAAAAGUUAGAGGAAAAGCAGCUGAAUCUUAUGCAGAAUUGCCUAGUUAUCUAUAUAUGUUGCAUCACACAAAUCCAGGAUCCUAUAUUGAACUAAAAUCAGAUGAAGAUGGCAUAUUUUUAUAUGCUUUUGUAGCAUUGAAUGCUUCAAUGAAAGGCUGGCCCCAUUGCAUACUUGUCGUAAUAGUUGAUGGGACUUUCUUAAAAUCAACAUAUGGAGGGACGUUAUUGGUUGCAGCAACUCAAGAUGCUGAAGGUAAAAUCUUCCCCCUAGCAUUCUGUGUAGUUGAUUCAGAGAAUGAUGAUUCUUGGGAGUGGUUCUUUAACAAGUUUAGGAAAGCUUAUGGUGUAAGAGAAGACAUGAGCAUCGUUUCUGACCGACAUGAAAGUAUUAUAAAAGCAAUCAACACAGUGUACCCAAAAGUACCACAUGGGGCUUGCACCUUCCAUCUGCUCAAAAACAUGAAAAGCAAUUUCAAGAAGAGUUCAAAAAAGUUCAAGGAUACAUUUUUUGCAGCUGCGAAUGCAUACACUGUGAAAAAGUUUGAGUACAAGAUGAGAGAACUUGAUAAGAUUGAAAAAAGGCUACGACCUUACCUACAACAAAUUGGGUAUCACAAAUGGGCAAGGAUUCACUCUCCAACCAAUAGACACUCAAACAUGACAUCAAACAUUGCAGAAUCUUUGAAUUCUGCAAUUGUAGCAGUAAGAAAGCUACCAAUUUGUACGAUGCUAGAGUGUUUACGAGCUUUGGUGCAACGAUGGAGUUGGACUAAUAGGAACAUAGCAAAUGCAACCUCCACAAAGUUGACAGACAAGCAUGAAGUGAUCCUGAAUGACAACUACAUUUACUCAUUGAAGUUAAUGUCAUAUAGAAUUGCUCACAAGGAGGCAUUAUAUGUUAAUUUUGGGGAUUAUGAGUUUCUUUAG